AGACAAGGCUUGGUCGAGACACCGUGUUCCCAACAUUUCUUGAGCACAGGUCACCGAGCCGCAGAGCGGGCAGCGAGCUUCAGUGGAGCAAAGUCGGUCUCACAGCUUAGAGAGGUGAGUGGAAAGACUGUUAUAUGGUCUAAUUCCCUAUGCACCUGCUGAUAGUAAACCAUCUGAGAAUGCACAUGCUGUCUGCUUUGCAGGUGUUUUUUUCCCCUGAUGGAUCCUGGAUGCUUUUAUGACUGGCCGGCUGACAGCACAAAACCUGGAGAUGACCUGCAGAGGAGAAUGCAUUUCUGAAUACUACACAAUGGACAAUUAGAUGAGUCAGACUGAGACUUUUUGUUUUUUCUUUUGCUUUGAGUUUAUGAAUGGGUAUUUCUACACCAACUCGUCAACCUGCGAGUGUCAGUCCACGUCUGAGUGAGGUCUCCUCUACUCUCCCAUGUCAGGCAGAGACAUGUCCAAUGACAGCUGCAACCUCCCCUUGGACACGGACACGUUCGGCCUGACCUGUAUCUACGGCCUGAUCUUCUCUUUGGGUCUCCCCAGCAACCUGCUGUCUCUCUGGGGACUGUACCAACUGGGUCGCUCAGGCGGGGGAGGCUGCCAGCUGGUCUACAUCCUCAACCUGCUGCUGUCAGAUCUCCUGCAGCUGCUCACCCUCCCACUGUGGAUCCUUUACCUCCAGGGUGCGCACCGCUGGCCCUACGGCCAGCUGACCUGUGAGUUGGUCGGCUACGUGUUUUAUGUCAACGUCUACGCCAGCGUCAUGUUCCUGUGCCUGAUAGCGCUGGACCGCUGCCUGGCCAUCGUGUACCCGCUGAGCAGCCGCAGGGUGCGGACUGUCAGGGUGGCGGCAAUGUUAGGUGUAGCGGUCUGGACCCUCACCUUCCUGUUCUGUCUGUGUGGGCUGCUGCCGUCAGUGUUUGACUCUGAGAGACUGCUGUGCCUGGAGCAGUACCCCGUCAGUCCCAGAUACGCCCACUUCAAGAUCACCACUGUGGUCCUUGGUUUUCUGCUGCCAUGUACCAUACUAGGCUACACCUCAGCCCACAUUGGGGUGACACUCCGUCGAUCUCCUUCUCUCUCCGACCACGAGCGCCACAAAAUAGUAGGCAUCCUGGUCGUCAUCACCGUCAAUUUCAUUGUCGUCUUCGGGCCCUACCACCUCGUGGGCGGAUACAGGUUCGUCUCCUUGCUGCUGACCGAUGAGCCAUGUGGACUGGAGCGUUCCAUUUUCCUCAUCUACCGCCUGUGCUACGGUCUAACCAGCCUCAACACUCUGCUGGAUCCCCUCUUCUACAUCUUCCUGUGCCCUGAUGCUCGACUAGAGUUGCAAAGGUCUCUGCCCUGUUUGGGAGGGGGGCAAGACACUCGAAAAAAGAUGAGCCUCAGCACCAGAGCUCAUACAGACACACAGGGGGAGAGUGAAACUGGACAUAAUAAUCUUCUAACUGUAUAACUUGGAUUUGACCACAGACCUGAAGCAAUUGCACCACCUAGUGGACAUGCAUGUGCACUGUUUAUGUGGAUGUCAUCUAAGAAUUCUACUAGUACAGUUUUUAAUUUGAGAUUCUCCUUUAUAAUCAUCGAAACACUGAUUCAGGAGAUGAUGAAAACAGAAACAUUUGUGUGGAGCACAAAGAUUUCAAAGUGCAAAGUCUUGAACUUCAAAAUAACUUCAAUACUUUAUAAUGAAUUAUAAAUAUGGAAAUUCACUGUUUCAUAUUUUCCAACAAUGAAAAUAUUUUUUGAUGACCAACAAAACCUAUUGCGCCUUCAAAGUAGAGACAUAUAACCAUCGGAAAUACAACUUUAUUUAGGUGUGUUUUUAAAGAGACUGACCUUUAAAUGGAAAUGAAAACCCUUAAUGAUUUUUUUUGGUUUCUUGUUGACUGUAAUGUUUACAACGGAAUAGAAUAAAAAAAAAUGCUUAAUCA